CCCACUAUAGAUUGAAGUAAAGCUCUCGGUCAAGUUCAACAGCAGGGAGUUCAGCUUGAAGAGGAUGCCGUCCCGAAAACAGACAGGGGUCUUCGGAGUCAAGAUUGCUGUGGUCACCAAGAGAGAGAGGUCCAAGGUGCCCUACAUUGUACGCCAGUGUGUGGAGGAGAUCGAGCGCCGAGGCAUGGAGGAGGUGGGCAUCUACCGCGUGUCCGCAGUGGCCACAGACAUCCAGGCACUGAAGGCAGCCUUCAACAUCAGUCAGUGUUGGCCUGGCGAGGACAGGAUGGAAGUGUGGGAGGUGGUGUCCGUGAUGGAAGACACCAGUUCAAACACUGAAACCAAUCAGAUUCACACUGAAACCAAUCAGAUUCUCCCACAGCCUUCCUGCUAUCAGAAGACACUGGUGCAGGGGUGA